AUGUGCUAUUUAGCGCAAACAAAAACAAGAGAACAACAGGAUAAUGACAUGUAUUCAGAUACAUCAUCGGAUUCUGACAGUGAAAGUCAAAAUUCUAACUACUGCAGACCAACCACUGCUAAUGUUAUACAAAAACAAACGAUUGAUAUUGAUAACCCAGAUCGACCUAUUACAACAUCAUUUCUUUCAGGUGUUAUUUUUAUAAAUAUCCACGAGAUGCAUUUUAUCGAUGAACAACGUGCAAAACAUCCACAUAUUCCUUGGUAUCCUCGAAAUUUCAAACAGCAUAAAAAACAAAAAAUAAAUUAUAAACCUAGCAGCAAUUGGUUCACCAAGGAACGUCAAUGGUUAAGAGCGGUGUGCUCUAAUGGUAAUUAUGGAUUACUCUGCACCUACUGCAGCGAGUUUGCUUCUGACAAAUUGAAAAUUGAAAGAAGCGAUGGGGCUUUUGUUGUCCGACCAUUUUGGAAGUUAAAACAUAAAGGGAUUGAAGGAAUUCGUGAACAUGAGUCAAGUGAUCUUCAUCGAUCAUCGAAAGAACGCCGAAUCAUAUCAAAAAGCAUUGAAGCAAAUGGAGACAUUAUUGGACAAUUAAGAUGUACCAAUAUGCAUCAACAAACAGAAAAAUAUUUAUCGGUAUUGGUUCAAGUAUUCUGGUGUAUCAUACAUGAAGAAUUACCUCUGAGAAAGUUUAAAACACUCAUUCAGUUGUUGGAUAAAGUUCAAUGUCCUGGUGUUACGGAAUGGAUGAAACUAUCAAAUAAUAAACAAAAGUAUUGGGGAAAGGAGGCGAUCUCUGAAUGGCUUUUAUCAAUACACUCUUAUAUAUAUCAACAGCAAAUAUCUUCAAUAAAAAAGACCGAUUUUAUUAAUAUAAUAGUCGAUGAAACACAAGACAUAUCUAUACGCAAAAUGGUUUCUAUUUGCCUGAGAUAUGUUGAAAAAGAUACUGGUACAAUACAAGAGCAAUUAUUCAAAGUUGAACCUACUUUAGAUACAACUGGAGAAGGUUAUUUUUUCCUCAUCGAAAAAUUUAUUGGUCAGUUGGAAAAGGAUGCUAACAAAAGAUUUAUUAUAACUGCUCAAACCUAUGAUGGGGUUUCCAGUAUGAGAUAUCAAACAAGUGGUCAUGUUCGAGCGCGAUUAUCAGCGUGGGGAUUUUACAUCUAUUGCCGUAGUCAUCUUCUCAAUUUAGCUGUCAAAGAUGCAGGAGAAGAUUACUUCCAUGAUUCUUUUGACACAAUCAAAAGUACAUUAGUAUAUAUUCGUGACAGUCCACAAAGACUCGAAAUUCUUUUUAAUUGUCAAAAACUAAAUGGUACAAGACAUACUGUCCCGAAAGCAUCACGAAUCAGAUGGAGUUACAACUAUGAAAUUCUUCGUUUUACUGUUAAGCAUUAUUUACCAAUUGUUCAAACUCGAAGAACAAUUUCACAAUUAAAGGGCGAUGGAUUUUCUGAUGCCAAAAGGUAUGCUUGUUUUUUAUUAAAAUAUGAAACAGUAUUUGAAAUAUGUAUUUUGAAAAAUAUCUUUAUAAUAUGCAUGAAAUUUCUUCGUCAAAUUGAAUCACGUGGAGCUUGCCUAGAUAGCUUUUCAUUACAUGUAGAAGUAGCUGCUACUUCUAUUAGUAAAGUUGUUGAAGAUUUCGAUUUUCAAUCAUUUCAAUCUUUAAUGAAUGAUCUUUAUCAAUAUACACCAACAAUUACUUCUACUGCUAAUUCAACACGAAGUAGAAGAAACGAAAUGCUAAGUAUAUCAGUAUCAGAAGAUUUUGAUGAAGAUAAAUUACGCAACAAUGGAGAAGAAAUGAUAACAUCUGUUUUAACGUCUUUAUCAGGUAAGUUCGACAGUGAAGCGAAAGAUUUAGUCAAAAAUUUAACCAUGCUAUCAACGCCAUCCAAUUUUGCACCUGAUGAAUUAUUGCAGAAUAGUUUAAUUCUUACAUAUGCUAAUGAAAUUUCAUAUGAACACACAAGUGUUGAUAAAAGAACUUUUAAAAGAACUGAUUCGCCUUUAUUAAUUUUCAAUCGACUAAAAGAAGAUGUUCAUUCAUUUUUGGUCUUAGCGAAAGGACUAAACACAAUUCAAUCAAUACUCCAACAAUUAGCUAAACAUGGCGAAGAACAAGCAUUUGAGUGGUACAAAUUAUAUCAAAUUUUAUGCACUUUUGCAAUAGGGUCUAAUGAAGCUGAACGUUCUUUUUCCACACUUCGCCGAAUAAAACCCUGGCAACGUAACUGA